CCAACACAACUCGGGCCUUUUAAGAAGUUUCUGACCGCAUAAUUACAGGCCGGCACCUGCGGCGUCAUGGGCACAGCAAGCACCAUGGCCUGUCUCCUUGUCGCGCUCGGCAUGAUGCCCAUCCAGGGGGCUACGGCACCUGCUGUCUCCUCGGCCCGGCUCCGCAUAGCCGAGUCCACGGGCGCCCACGCAGUCCAGCUAGCCAAGACGGGCCUCCGACCGCAGACCAUCCUGACCAGGGAGUCAUUUCUGAAUGCCAUCACCGUCCUCCAGGCGGUCGGCGGCUCCACCAACGCUGUGGUCCAUCUGACGGCCAUCGUCAACAGGCACCCGGCCCUCGCGGGCACCAUCACCCCGGCCACCAUCGACGCCGUCGGCCGUCAGACACCCCUCCUGGUGGACCUCAAGCCCAGCGGCGACAACUACAUGACCGACUUCCACAACGCCGGCGGCAUGCCCGCCCUCCUGCACCAGCUCAAGCCGCUGCUCCACCUCGGCGCCCUGACCGUGACCGGGCGCACCCUCGGCGAGGAGCUCGAGCGCGUGGCCUUCCGGCCGCUCCUCCCGCCCGACAGCCCGGCCAACUGCAUCCGCCCGCUCGGCGACCCGCUCUACCCGUCCUCCGCCCUCGUCGUCUUCCAGAGGGGCAACCUCGCGCCCGGGGGCGCGGCCGUGAUCAAGGCGAGCGCGUCCAAGGACCGGCGGCUGCUCCGGCACCGCGGCCGGGCGGUGGUGUUCGACGGGCCGGCCGACCUGGCGGCGCGCAUCGACGACCCGGACCUCGACGUCGACCGCGACAGCGUGCUGGUCCUCCGGGGCGUCGGCCCCGUCGGCCGUCGCCACCCGGGCAUGCCCGAGGCCGGGCUGAUCCCGAUCCCGCGCAAGCUGGCCGCGCAGGGGGUGCAGGACAUGCUGCGCAUCUCGGACGGGCGCAUGAGCGGCACCGCGGGCGGCACCAUCGUCCUGCACGUCUCCCCCGAGGGGGCCGACCCGGGCUCGGUGCUCGGGGUCGUGCGCGACGGGGACGUGGUGUUUUGCGACGUCGAGGAGAGGACGCUGAGCCUCGAGGUGGACGACGACGAGAUCCGGGCCAGGAUCGAGCAGAGGAGGCGGGACAUGGCUGCCGCGGCCAAGGCCGGCAAGGAGGAGGAGGAGGAGGAGGAGGAGGAGGAGCAGCCGUGGGCCGCCCGCGAGCAUGUCAGAGGGUACCGCGGCCUGUACAUGCGCGAGGUGAACCAAGCCGAGCACGGCGCCGACUUUGGCUUCCUCACCGCUCGCGGUCCUCAUCAAAACGAACAGGCGCAAGGAUGAUGAUGAUGAUGAUGAUGAUGAUGAUGAUGAUGAUGACGGCGCGAUGUGAUUAGGCAGGUUAGUUAGUUAAAUAUGGUACUGGAAUAGAACGGUGAGCGGCCAAAGAGAUCAUAAUUACAUGGCCUUCUGUUGUUG